CAAAGAUCCCACAGCAUUUCACAAUACACGGUCUUUGGCCUACAAAUUUCUCGCUUCCUUGGCCAGCAAAUUGUGCUAAUAACCAGCCGAAGUAUCAUUUUGACAGAAGUUUGAUGACAGCGACAUUGCAAGGUCACUUAGCCCCUGAUUGGCCAAGUCUACUUCCAGGACAAUCGAAUAUGGAUUUUUGGACGGCGCAAUGGGAAAAACACGGAUCGUGUAGCGCUGAAAGGUUUGCUCAAUCUGAAUAUUUUGAAAAGGCUUUAUUUCAUAGACAUAAUUUGGACAUUGAUGGCGAAUUGAAGAAGGUUGGAAUAAUUCCCGAUAGAAUUAAAACUUAUAGUCGCAGUGCCAUUGUCAAUGCAAUAAAAAAGACCAAGACUCUUCAAGUUGAGCCCGAACUUGUGUGCUUCCCAGAUAACGGUAAUGCGUUAUUGUGGGAGAUUCGCGUGUGCUUUGAUGCGGACUUAGUUGAAAUUAUUCAAUGUCCUAUUAAUAAAUCCAAAGGUGUUAAUUUAUGCAAAACAAAGUCCAAUUCCAUUAUAAUACCUGUGUAA